GUCUGUCAUUUAUCAUUAAUUUGUUCAUUGUGUAGUGAAAUGUUUUUAGCAUAGAUAACGCUUUUAGGGUGGAACCGUAGCUAAAUUAUUAUAUUAUAAACGUCAAUUGAUUUCAUACAAAAAUAUUGAAUCAAAUAAAAUAUUAGUAUACAUUUCAGUAAAAUGUCGCGAAGUAAUGCAACUCAAGGCAGUGGAUUAUCCUUGCAGACGUACAAAUUAGUGAUUGUGGGAGGUGGUGGGGUGGGAAAAUCUGCGUUAACAAUACAAUUCAUUCAGAGUUACUUUGUUACCGACUAUGAUCCUACAAUUGAAGACUCUUAUACCAAACAAUGUGUCAUCGACGAUGUCCCAGCAAAAUUAGACAUCUUAGAUACUGCCGGCCAAGAAGAAUUCAGUGCCAUGCGUGAACAGUACAUGCGUUCUGGAGAGGGUUUCCUGCUUGUCUUCGCCCUUAACGAUCAUUCCAGCUUUGAUGAGAUACCAAAAUUCCAAAAGCAAAUACUCCGUGUAAAGGAUCGCGAUGAAUUUCCAAUGUUAAUGGUUGGCAACAAAUGUGAUUUGGAGCAACAGCGUCAAGUAUCGUUGGAUGAGGCGCAAACUAUAAGCCGAAAUCUCAUGAUACCAUACAUUGAGUGUAGCGCAAAGUUGCGCGUUAAUGUCGAUCAAGCAUUUCAUGAGCUUGUGCGUAUUGUGAGAAAAUUCCAAUUAGCUGAACGCCCGUUCUUGGAGGAGAGCUACAAUAGGAAAAGCAAACGGAAAUGUUGCGUCUUGUAAUAACGUAUUAAGCAAAAAUAACGCAAA